AUGGCAAACAACAAUGAUGCUGACAAUCCACUCAUGGACACUAUUCUGACUCCAUUAUUCAACAGACCCAAUGCGAGCAUUGUCCAUCCUGAAGUGGGCAACAAUCAUUGGGAGCUCACUUCCGAUAAUAUUCGAUUGGUAGCAAACUUGACAUCAAGGCUUGAUAAGAUGCAAUUUUCUAGCGUCCAAGCUCAAGCUGCAGCAGUUGUCUGUGAAUAUUGCAAAGAAGAUCAUGAAUCCAAUGAAUGUCCUACUCUGCUAGCCGAUGAUCCUCCUCAGCAAGUACAUGUAAAUGGUGUGUGGUAUGAUCAGAGACCCUCACCACAAAAUGUUCCAAGAACUCAGAAUUUUCCUUCUGGGAACAAUAACUUCCAAAGGAGGGUGCAAGGUACUGGUCUUGACUUCAAGUCUAAUAACUAUUUGCAGCCACCGCCGGUUCAACCGAAGGAACCUUCUGAGUUAGAGAAGCUAAUGGGACAAAUGGCCCAACAUUCCAAUGCUUUUAUGGAAGAGACUCGGGCAAACACUAGAAACACACAAGCCUCUAUCAGAAAUUUGGAGAACCAGAUUGGCCAGAUGGCUAAACAGAUGGCCGAAAGAACUUCAGGCACUUUUCCUAGCAAUACAGUCACUAAUCCGAAGGAUGACAGUAUGGCUAUAACUACAAGAAGUGGCAAGGUGGUGGCAGCUCCAACAAAGCCAACCACAAAUGCGGACGCUACUGGAAAGGGUAAGGAGGUAGAAGAAGAAGUGGUUAUUCCUUCUGAUGCUGAGACACCUGUUCAGAAAGGUGAGGAAGGGGAGCCACAAAUAACUGUUGCUGAGAAAAAGAAAUUCGAGCUGAAGCCAGAAUAUGUGAGAGCUAUGGCACCUUACCCAGAAAGGAAACAUAAGCUACAGGAGUGUCAAACAGUAACACUCACUGAAGAGUGUAGUGCCAUUAUACAAAAGAAGUUCCCACCUAAACUCAGUGAUCCAGGAAGCUUCAAUAUUCAAAUUGCUAUCGGUAACACUGAUGUUGGCAGAACACUAUGUGAUCUUGGGGCAAGUAUUAAUAUGAUGUCGUUAUCUGUUUGCAAAUCUCUGGGAAUUACUGAGUUAAAACCCACUAUGGUUUCUCUACAACUUGCUGAUAGAUCUUUGAGGAGACCAAGUGGUAUUAUUGAAGAUGUGCUUGUCAAGGUGGAUAAGUUCAUCUUUCCAGCUGAUUUUGUGGUAUUAGAUAUGGAAGAGGGUACUGAAAUGCCCCUAUUAUUGGGAAGACUUUUCUUGGCAACUGCUCGAGCCAUGAUUGAUGUUGAGAAUGGCAGGUUAGAGUUAAGAAUGAAUGAUGAGACUAUCACCAUCAAUGUUUUUGACUCUAUGAAAAAAUCUUCUGAUAAAGGCGAUUGCUUUCGUCUUGAUAUUCUAGAUCAAGUAGUGGAAGAAGAAGUAUUUUCCAUUCAACAACAUGAGGAAGAGCUUCAGGAAAAGGGCACACCAAAGGUAGAGUUGAAGGAGCUUCCAGAAACUCUCAAGUAUAUCUUCUUGGGUGAGAAGGAGACUUACCCUGUUAUCAUUAACAAGGGAUUGUCUUCUGAACAAGAAACGAAACUGGUUGAGGUGUUGAAAGAACACAAGACAGCCAUAGGGUGGUCAAUUUCUGAUUUAAAGGGUAUUAAUCCCUCAUUCUGUACACAUAAAAUCCUCAUGGAAGAUGAGGUUCGGCUAGUGAGAUAG